GUCAACAGAUGGCGAUAUGCGUUUUUCAGGCGAUGCUAUCAGAGUGACGUAUAAUGUAGUGGACGGGACGCUUCUUCAACAACAUCUCGUCAGCCACCUCGGUAGCUUCCUAGCGGAAACGUUCAAGCUGUUCAGACUGCUUCGGUCUAUAUUUACUUCUGUAUUUGGAACAUAAUUCUGUCUUUUAACUAGUUUCCCCAUUUCAUGUCAUAUUUCCGUUUAGUCAGGUAACGGUAGCUGGCUUGAUAAAUGAGCCUAUCACUAGGCUAGUCGCUAACUAGCUAGGUUAGCUGACUAACAUCCCCGACCAUGAGCUCAGCAAGCUGCUGCCCUCCUGCUAAAAAAGAGGUCUGCUGGAAGGAGAAAGAAGGUAUUUGGCUGAACGUUGUCGUGAAAGAGGAGAAUGAAGAGGAUGAUGUCACAGUAAACGAAGAAGUAGAGGGUGAGGCUGUUACACAGAAAGAAGAGGAAGAAAACGAUUAUACUUUUUUUGGAGUGAAUGAAGGAGAGAUAACUGUCAUAUUGAAGGAGGAGGAGAGGGAAGAAGAGGAGGAGACAGAAGAUCUGAGUAACACCAGAGAGAGACCAGACUCUCCUUCUGACAGCAGGAAGAGUCCUUCAGGGAAACCAGACCCCGAGACGUCCAAACCAGCAGGACGACAUCACUGCUCCCAGUGUGGAAAGAGUUUUACUCAGUUAGGGAGCCUGAGAACACAUAAGAGAAUUCACACUGGGGAGAAGCCUUACCACUGUUCCCAAUGUGGAAUGACGUUUACCCAGUUAGGGAGCCUGAGAACACAUAAGACAAUACACACUGGAGAGAAGUGA